UUUCCCGUGACGUAAUUUGGUAAACUCAUUAUCCGCUCAGUUCGUAAUCCUUUUUAGUCCGUGUUUUCCUUUCGCGAGAAGAAUGUCGAAAAACUACAAAACGAGCGUAAAACCGGAGAGCGACGCGGUGGAAGUGAAGAGCAAAUUCGACGCCGAGUUCCGCCGCUUUUGCGUCAACAGGAAUGAGGCGCAAACGUACGAGUCCUUCAGGGUGCUUCUGGAGAAACUUCACGCCCUGGGCAGCGAACCGUUCCUUAUCAGCUACACAGACCCUCGCGACGGCGAUCUGCUGCCCAUCAACAACGACGAGAAUUACGGCCGAGCCCUGAAAAGUGCGAGGCCACUACUCAGGGUCCUCGUGCAGCGCAAGGGCGAGUCCCUGGAAGAGUUCAACGGCUAUGGCACCAACAAAACAAAGAACCUCAUUUCCCACCUGUUGGGCACCCCAAAGCCCAGGGCACACCUCGCUAUAUCAAACCCCCACGACUUCAGACAGGUAUCUCAAAUAAUUGAUGUCGAUGUGGUGCCCGACACUUGCAGAAGAGUGCGCCUUUUGAAGCACGGCUCGGACAAACCCUUAGGGUUCUACAUACGAGACGGGACGUCUGUUCGAGUGACCCCAUCAGGCCUGGAGAAAGUUCCAGGCAUUUUCAUAUCAAGACUGGUUCCUGGCGGCCUGGCUGAGAGCACAGGUCUGCUGGCGGUCAAUGACGAGGUGCUCGAAGUCAACGGAAUCGAGGUCAGCGGAAAGACACUGGACCAAGUGACGGACAUGAUGGUGGCCAACAGCAGCAACCUGAUCAUCACCGUGAAACCAGCAAAUCAGCCAAGGCCGUACCAGACCCUGCCGCCGCGAAGGGGCUCCUUUUCAAGAACCUCCCAACUGUCCUCCGACUCUGCCCACUCAGUGGCCACAGAGUCAGACAACGACCCCUUUGACCAGGACGAGAUCGUCGACCUGACCGGAAUGGUGCAGGAUGAGACGAAAAACAACAGUGCGGACGACAGCGCAGUCAUGCACCUGUGACGGAGAGAAAACUGUGUGCGGUGCUGUGAGCCUUUUGCCCGAUGCAUUCCAGACUGUAUUUUUAUUCUAGAAGACUCGCGUAUAUAUUAUUUUUAGCUAUUCUCGUAUUAUAUAUUGUAUAUUUUGAGUACCAAUGAAACAACGGCGCAGCUCACAAGGGCAACUAUUCUCAGCCGGUUUUAUCAAACCAACUUAUCAAUCAAGCAAUCAAUCGACCGAGAUCGGUGUAGUAGUGCUAUCCGACAAUAUCAUGUGAAUGUGAACGCUUUGAGCAAUAUUUUUCGCCUAAGACUAUUAUUGUAAUGUUGCGACGCUAAUAGAUCAAUUUUAAUAAUAAACUUUU